AGCAGCAGAGAGGGCUUAGGGAGAGUUCCGGACUAGUUUCGGUGCCUUCUGGGCGAUUAUCCGGUGAUCAUUUUGCUGAUUUCCGCUGUUCUCCUCCAGCGAGAUCAAUAUGGAAGUACGACCACGUACCCCAACAUGAUUGUCUCUGAACUUCUUACCGAAAAUAAUUAUAAAACUUGGAGUGUUCAAAUGAAAAGCUAUUUAUCCAGUGAAGGUCUUUGGGAUAUUGUAUCCGGAGAAGAGCUGCCUGUUCUAGGUUCAAGUGGGGAGCGGACAAGAAAGAAUGAUGCAGCUCUACAUGCAAUUAAAAUUUCUUGUGGAACAGAAGCUUUCAGCGCGAUAAAUACUACCUCUUCAGCAAAAGAUGCUUGGGAGAUAUUGACGAAGUCGUUUUCUGUGUAUAGGUUUGAGGAUAAAGAAAGGGCUCCUACUUUUCAAGAUAGCGAAUUAUUGACAAGGCAUUACACUGUUCUAUUGAUCAAUGCCAUUAGGAAAGGGGAUUCUGAUGGUGUGAAGGAUAUCUUGAACAGUGGUGCACGUUUUGGUGAAAGAUUAUCAAAAAAUGGUUACACUGCUCUUCAUGCUGCAAUUAGUACUGGUCAGCAAGGUAUUGUUGAUAGCUUGAUUGAAGAAAUGUCUCCAGAACAAUUGGAAAUAAGAGAUAAAAAGAAAAGAACAGCUCUUGCCCUUGCAGCUUAUCAUGGAAAAACAGAGACAGCGCGAAAGUUAAUUGGAAAGAAUCAUAGGUUGCUUCUUAUGAAAGACGGUGAAGGAAAUAUUCCGCUACUAGCUGCAUGUCAGGGAGGUCAUGUGGAAAUGACAUGUUUCCUGUGGGAUGAAUUGAUGAAAGACUAUGUUCAAGCCAACUACAACUUAAAAAACGACCUAAUGAAUGACGCCGCAUUCCUCCUUCAAGCAAGUAUUAAAAGCAAAAUGUUCGGUAUAAGAGUAUCCUCUGAGAACUCCAAACGAGGUCUAUUAAUGAGAGACGGCAGCGAAGAACUCGACGUUGAGGUACAAGACAUCAGCCUUGUGGUACAAGACAGCAAAGAAGAACUCGAGAGACAAGCAUUGGAAACUCCAUUCCACAAGAUGACAAGUUUGAUUCUCCUGCUAAACUGUGGUACAUUAUCAAAAAAUGGUUACACUGCUCUUCAUGCUGCAAUUAGUACUGGUCAGCAAGGUAUUGUUCAUAGCUUGAUUAAAGAAAUGUCUCCAGAACAGUUGGAAAUAAGAGAUAAAAAGAAAAGAACAGCUCUUGCCCUUGCAGCUUAUCAUGGAAAAACAGAGACAGCGCGAAAGUUAAUUGGAAAGAACCAUAGGUUGCUUCGUAUGAAAGACGGUGAAGGAAAUAUUCCGCUACUAGCUGCAUGUCAGGGAGGUCAUGUGGAAAUGACAUGUUUCCUGUGGGAUGAAUUGAUGAAAGACUAUGUUCAAGCCAACGACGAGGAAAAAAACGACCUAAUGAAUGACGCCGCAUUCUUCCUUCAAGCAAGUAUUAAAAGCAAAAAGUUCGAUGUUGCAAUGAAAGUGCUACAAUCUUUUCCGAAAGUGCUACAAUCUUUUUCUAAAGUGGGCUUUGAAAACAAAGAGUCUCCAUUUUUAUCAUUGUCUGAGAUGCCAUCUGCAUUCUUCAGUGGAACUCGGCUAGUCUUCUGGCAACGGUGGAUAUAUAAAUGUCUAAGAGUAUCCUCUGGGAACUCCAAACGAGGUAUAUUAAUGAGAGAUGACAGCAAAGAACUCGACCUUGAGGUACAAGACAGCAAAGAAGAACUCGAGAGACAAGCAUUGGAAACUCCAUUCCACAAGAUGACAAGUUUGAUUCUCCUACUAAACUGUGGAAAGCAUAUUUAUAAGCAAAAGUUGAACCAUACCUAUGCCUCUGAGAUUCUGCGUACUUUGUGUUCACAUCUAUUACAUUUAAAGCAUGGUGAAAUUGUGCAAAGUGGAGCAGUCCAAGCAAUGUUCAAUGCAAUCAAGAAUGGGAUAUAUGAGUUCGUAACAGAACUUAUCAAAACUAAUCCAGAUAUAAUUUGGAUGCUUGAAGAAGGAACUUUAAGAGAUAUAUUAAUGUGUGCAAUUGCAUAUCGCCAAGAAAAGAUUGCCAACUUUAUAUAUGAACAAGUCAAAUGGAGGGAUGCAACAAUUAAAUUAGAUAAGGACAGAAACAAUCUAUUGCACAUAGCAGGGAUGCAAGCUCCUGAUAUUCAACUUUCUCGCAUCUCUGACCCAGGGCUACAAAUGCAAAGAGAACUACAGUGGUUUAAAAAGGUGGAAAGCAUUGUUCCAGAGUAUUACAAGGAAUGCAAAAAUGACUUCGGGAAAACUCCUGGUGAAGUGUUCUCUGAGGAGCACAAGGAUUUGCAAAGAAAAGCAGAGGACUGGAUGAAACAGACAGCAGGCUCUUUUACAAUUGUAGGCGCCCUUAUCAUUACCAUGAUGUUUGCUGCAGCUUUUACCGUUCCUGGUGGUAGUAAUAAAGAUACGGGUUUUCCCAUUUUCUCACAUGAUACACUAUUUAUCAUGUUCGUGAUAUCAGAUGCUGUUUCUCUCUCUACUGCAUCCACUUCGGUUUUGGUGUUUUUAGGAGUUCUCACCUCUCGUUAUUCUGAAAAAGAUUUUCUCGUCUCCUUACCAAGAAGGAUGAUGAUCGGGCUUUAUACCCUUUUUAUAUCAAUUGCAGUGAUGAUGAUAGCCUUCGCAGCCGGUGUUGCUAUUAUGCUUGAAGGUCAACUGUGGAUAAUCCUUGUCAUGUCUAUGCUAACUUGCAUUCCAGUUUUCUGCUUUGCAUUUCUACAAUUUCCGCUUCUUGUUAAGAUUUUUAAUUCAACUUAUCGAUGGAAGGUCUUCGAAAAGAAAAGAGAUUGAGUAUUGACUGGAGGAGGGAUUGUUAGGGGAGGGCAGUUGGUGAGUUGGAAAGGUUGAGGGAAAUGAUUAAUGUGGUGAAAUUGAGGGAGGAUAUGUUGGACUCUUGAAGAUGGGUGUAUUGUAGUGAAGGUUUUUAUUCUGUGAAGGCAGCAUAUGAUUUUUUAACACUUGAAGAUUCUAUUCUUGAUUGGAAAUGGUGUAGGAUAAUUUAGUGCAAGAAUAUUCCUUCUAAAUUAAGUAUAUUUGGAUAGAGGUUAUUCCUGAAUGGAUUAGCUGUGAAGGAGAAUCUUGGUAAAAGAGGAGUUGCUUUGCAGGGUGGGAAUGUUGGUUCUGGUUUAUUUAAUGAGGCUAUGGAGGAGCUUAAUCAUUUAUUUAGUGAUUGUAGAGUGUCUUGGUUAGUUUGGAUGAGGAUGAUGCUACGGUCGGGGACGUGUACCGGAUGUGGGUGCACUUACAUUAUUGAUAGUUACUUGGUAACUUUAAUUUGGUGUCGGGGGAUUUCAUAGAUGUUUGAGAAUGAUUUGAUUUCUAAGCACUUAUUGUUAGAUUCUAUACAAGUGAAGUCUAUUUUAUGAAUUAAAAAUAAAGAAUCAAAUUAUGUGUAUCAAGAUUUAUGGAGUGUAUAGCAGCUGCUGUUUGGGUAUCAAGAUUUAUGGAGUGUAUGGCAGCUACUGCUUAAUUCUGAAGAUGCUUGAAAGAAUGGAUGGCAAGAUUUAUGGAGUGUAUGGCAGCUACUGCUUAAUUCUGAAGAUGCUUGAAAGAAUGGAAGGUGUAGAAGAAAGCCAUUGUUUAAUAUGGUUUUUAUAUAUUGGCUUGAGUAGUGAAUUUUGUUAUUUUGUGGUUUGUUUAUCUAUAAGUUGGCUGCGUUGGGAUUUUUGUAAAGUUUGUUCUCUUUUGUAUGGAAUAUCUCUUAUGCUUUGCAUAAUAUAAAUUCAUUUGACUU